AAAGAUAUAGGUGAAGCUGAUAAAAAAAAACUGCGCUGGGACAUAAUGAAGCUAAUGGCAUUCAAGCUGUGGUAUAAAAAGGGAAGCCACUGACGGGUGGAAGUUGCAGAUAAUUGUGGACUUUCAGUGCACCUCUUCAACCUUAAACAUGGGAAAGAUCAUCUUCUACGAAGACAGGAACUUCCAGGGCCGCCACUAUGAGUGCAGCAGCGACUGUGCUGACCUGCACUCCUACUUCAGCCGCUGCAACUCCAUCCGAGUGGACAGCGGAUACUGGGUGCUCUAUGAAAAGCCAAACUACAUGGGCUACCAGUACACCCUGAACAGGGGGGAAUAUCCUGACUACCAGCGCUGGAUGGGGUACAACGACUGCAUUAGGUCUUGUCGUAUGUUUCCACACUACACAGGAAACUACAGAAUGAGAAUCUACGAGAGACCCGACUUUGGAGGCCAGAUGAUGGAAUUCAUUGACGACUGCCCUAAUGUCUACGACCGCUUCCGAUACCGUGACAUCAACUCCUGCAACGUGAUGGAAGGCUACUGGACCUUCUAUGAACAGCCUAACUACAGGGGCAGACAGUACUUCAUGAGGCCUGGAGACUACAGGAGAUUCAGCGACUGGGGCGGCAUGAACUCCACGAUUGGCUCUUUCAGACGCAUGAGGGAAAGUUAUAUGUAACUCUAAAUUGUUCAAAUUAAAUUAUGUAUCACUGAAAGUUUAAAAUAAAAAUUUUAAAAUUCACACAA